AUGGAUCCUGCGACAUGGCUCUCCUUCAUGCAAUCACUGGAGAAGAUCUUCGCCGACAUCAUUGCCGAUAGCACCAACAAACACGAGUUACCGUCUCUACUUCAGCCCCAGAUUUUGACUUGGGUAUCGCAACUAUCAAAGUUCGGGCCCACCUUAACGAAGCUCGAAGAAGUAUCCGACAGUUCAUUCGCAGUACGUCAAAUGUUAUCUUAUGGUACCGAACCACAAAGGAAACAGAACCUGGCCAUGCUUUCACAUCUCCAAAAAGCGGAAGGGAAUUCAGCCGAGAGAAUUAUGCAAAACAUUGUCAUAUGGGUACGCGGUCGAAUGUCGGAUAUGCGCGAGGUCAUUGAGUAUUUAUCUAAACUACUGGACGCACCAUAUGAGGCUAUAGAAGCUUGCAACGAGAUUUGGGAUGCGAGAUGUGGAUUUCUGGACAUACCUGGUCUUCCUACUCAUGAGCAAGCUGUUCUUUCUCGGAUCGUCUCGAGAGAUGUUGUCUACUACGACGGCGCGUCCAAACAGUACAAGAUCAUGACGCAACCAGACUCAUUGACGCCAAAGAAGAAGAAACCCCUUCAAACAAUUGCCAAGCGAAGAUACGACAUCCCACUAGCUGUGGCUGAGGUCAUGGUUGCUGGUUGGAUCCAAGACGACGACGUAGCAGCAGAGACGAAAACGAUCAUCGAACGCCUCGCUCAGCUACUCAAGUUGAAAGUAUACAAGCAGACCAUCCCUCAAGUCACGCUCUCUAAAGCAACAGAAUUCUGGGAUAGCAUCGAAGCAGAGAUCAUGCAAGAAGCCGAACGCCUCGAAGGGCUAAAGCGAACACUGAAAGCGAAAGACCCCUUGCAGACAGCCUUGCUGAUCGAGGAGUACAAUAUACCCGAUAGCAAUCUGCUGGAAGAUGAAAUACAAGAACUACCUUCCGGCAUCAUCGAUCUAGUUGAACUAAUCGAUGAUGACGAGAUUGAGAUGAGCUUCACACUCGCUUCCUACACUGAGCUACAACGAAGCGCAAUGGGCGUACCGAGCACAGCGAACAACCUUCUCUUACGGCUAACCAUCGAUCGGUACGCCCUCCCCCUCGACGUCCGCAUCCCCGAAAUCCGCACCGACAUCUUCGCCGUCGACAUGCUUCUCAGCUCUGUCUACAGCGCCGCCAUGGCCAACAAAGCCGAGCUCCUCCCUAACUGUCCCAUCCACCCCAUCAGCACCGUCAAAACCAUACUCGAUAGUCUCCCCAAACUGUCCGUCAUCCGCGACGCAGUCCACAUCUCCACUGUCCUAUCCAGAUACCACGCCGACGCUGAGAAGCUCAUCUCAUGGGCAUAUCCUGCGACGUCGUUUAGUUAUGCGCCUGUCUACUCGACGUGGAAGAACAGUGCGCUGGCCAAUAUGCGUGUUAUCCUUGGGUGCGAGGUCGUUGGGCAGGGUAACAGCGUUACCACCGGUGUUCAUGUUAUUACUGAUGAGGCGAGUGUGAUGGUGAGGUAUAUUUUUCUCUUCCGACAGAACGCUCAUGCGCCUGUUGCGAAUCAUGUUGUUACGGCUAUGCAGAGUGCGAUGGCGGCGAUGAGGACGGGUGUCGUGUAG